GCGGCCACCUCCCAGCCCCCGGGCCUCCCUCCUUCGGGCCGGCCGGCGGGCGGCCCCCAUGGAGCUGCAUAUUCUGGAGCACCGGGUCCGGGUGCUGAGCAUCGCCCGCCCCGGCCUCUGGCUUUACACGCACCCGCUAGUCAAGCUGCUCUUCCUGAGGCAGCGGAGCCGGUGCAAGUUUUUCAGCCUGACGGAGACCCCGGAAGACUACACCCUAAUGUUGGAUGAAGAAGGAUACAAAGAGCUGCCCCCAUCCGAGUUCUUACAGGUGGCCGAGGCCACGUGGCUGGUGCUCAACGUCCUGUCCAACAGUAGCUCGGCCACCAAUUUUCAGGCUGUUGGCGUCACCAAAAUCGCCAGGUCGGUCAUUGCCCCGCUGGCCGAGCACCACGUGUCGGUGCUGAUGUUGUCCACGUACCAGACGGACUUCAUUCUGGUGAGAUCUUGUGGGAGUGGGGCCGGGGCUGGGGUCACACACCCUCCAGAUCCCCUGGGCUAGAGGAGGUCGUGGGCCCCCUCGUGGGGAGAGAGAGGACCUUGUAUUUGCCUUCUGCCUCAGCCCGGCUGCCAGGCUUGGGGGGCAGGAGCGGGAGGAGCAAGAGGGAAGAUGGAGGCUUCAGGCCUGCGACGCCAAUGGGAACUUGUCUGCUCGAGGCCCUUUCCCAGGGACCUCCUGGAUGAGACUUGGCUUGCCCCAAGUCCAUGUCGGGGCUGUGGGCUUGGGGAGAGAGAGAGAGAGAGAGACAGA